CACUGCGCCAACCGACUUUAGAAUCACCCCGACGCCCGAGUCGGCGUGUGUCAACCCGUGGAGAGUGGAAACCUCGUUUCGAAACCUUCCCACGAAUCCGCGGAUUCGAACCGUUUACCGGAUCUAAACAAACUAAUAUAAAUAUAGCUACGAUAUCGCGGCUAUAAAUAUAAUUGCGUUGCUCGCUGCGCAACCUGUGUUUCGUUUCUUUUCCUUCUUCUCGUUGUUUUCGUUCUUCUUCUUCUUCUUCUUUUUCCACUUCUCGAAAGACACGUACGACACGAAGAAACAAUACAGUGAAGAUUGAGCAGUAGUGAGAUGGAGCUACAAGAGAUGUUCCGUUACGGAUACAUGUUUCCACCGAGGGAGGACGAGGUGGUGUCCUGCGCGUAUCUGGAUUUACCGAGUUACACCUAUUCGAAGAGCAAAUCCGACCUGCCACCGGUAAGCACGAUCUCGAUACCUCAGUGCAUCGUUUACGACGGGAACCGGAGCGAUGGAUGGCACACGCCGAGUCCAGCCGCGAGCUUGCGAUCGGUUAGUCCCGCCACAACCUUGUCCAUAUCGUCCGAGCCCGAGACCGUAAACACUCCAGUCACCUACCGUUUGCUAGGCUCGAUGGAGGAGUUGAACAAGAGGUACGGGGCAAAGAGGAGGAGUACGGCGACGAUCAAUCGCGGUACGGAGGAGGCGAACAGUAUGGACGCGGAUUCCACGGAUGGAACCGGGGAUCCCGAGGCGGAGACGGAGCACGAGAAGGCGCAGUCGUCGAGAGGGAGCGUGAUCAGCAACGGUAGCAGUUUCUCGGACGGGAUCGUGGACGGUGACAGCGAGGACGAGGCCGAGAUGAGCGACUGCGCGGAUCACGUGGGGUCGGGGAUGGACGGGAGCGGGAGUAACCGGAGCGGUGUGGCGAGGAGGAGGGGGAAAUACGUGAGCUCGACGAUCGUGAGGAAACGCAGAUUGGCCGCGAACGCGAGGGAACGGAGGAGGAUGCAGAAUUUGAACAAGGCGUUCGACAGGUUGAGGGCGUAUCUUCCGUCUUUGGGCAACGACAGGCAACUAUCGAAAUACGAAACGCUUCAGAUGGCGCAGUCUUACAUCACGGCUCUUUACGAUCUGUUGCAGUAACCGCGCCUUUUCGCUUCAUAGGGGAGGGGGGAUGAAAGAGGGAAUCGUCGUGUCGGACGAACUUUGGUAACGAUAUAUUACGAUCCGGGAAGGAACUGGAGUGUCAGUGAAGAAACUGAGAGAGUAGGAGAGGAGUAGAUAUCGGUGGAAUAAAUUCUUAAAUUUUCACAAGAAUUUUAACAAGGGAAAGAUUUAGGUAUUAUCUUUUACAGUUGUAAUUAAAGAAUUUCGUCUUAUGAUUCUUAUAAAAUUGUGUAUCGCGUCGUUUAUCUUUUUAUUUUUUUUUUUCCCUCUAUAAAACAAUAUUAUCAUUGUAAUAUUUAUCGUAUUAUGGAAACGUAGCGUGGAGACAAUUUUUUGUAAAUACUAGAACUUUGUGUAAAUGUUGUAAAAUAAUAACGAUAUUUUAAUUGCGUAGAUUUUUAACGAGAUAAUGUAUUAUAAGAAAAAGAAAAAAAAAAAGAAAAAAAAAAAAGGACCAAGUCAGGUACUUAUAAUUUAUUGUAUUAUAUAAAUGUAUUAAUGCGCUCUUUGAGACUGAGAGAAAAGAAAAAAAAAACGGCGAUGUGUCGACAAAUAUAAUUAUUUUAUAAA